CUUGAGGGGUGGAGAGAGAUGGGAUCAGCUUCUUCGGCGUACCGAGUAAUCUACCUGGACGUGGAUGGCAGAAUUCAGAAGGUGGUCUUCAGCAGAUUCUGCAGCCCGUAUGAUAUCAAGGAGUUAUUCUGUACCGCUCUAGGUCUUCCAAGAGAGAGUGUCCCUGCUUUGUCUGUUUUGGACAGGAACACCACCUUGUCUCUGCUGGAUUCCACGGGAGCCAUGGUGUCCAUCGACCCCACCAUGCCACACAACACCGAGAGGUCACCGUACAGAGUGGUGCCUCUGACUGGAGGACAGCUAGCUGAUAAAGAGGAACUCUUCCAGAAUGUAUUGACACAGGUGGCAGAGCAGUUUUCCAGAGCGUUUAAAAUCAACGAGCUGAAGACGGAGGUGACGAACCGCUUGGCCAUGUUGGAGAAGAGAGUGGAGUUGGAAGGGAUGAAGGUGGUGGAGAUAGAGAAGUGUCGCAGCGACAUCAAGAAGCUCAGGGAGGAGAUGGCCUCCAGGAACAACAGUCAUUUCCUGGAUGACAACAAGAAGCUGACACCUCGCAGAGAUGUGCCCUCUUACCCCAAAUACCACCUGUCUCAGGAGACAGUGGAAGCUCUCAGACAACCCACCUUUGAUGUGUGGCAGUGGGAGCCCAAUGAGAUGCUGAGCUGCCUGGAGCACAUGUACCACGACUUGGACCUGGUCAAGGACUUCAACAUGAACCCCAUCACACUGAAGAGGUGGCUGCUUUGUAUCCAUGACAACUACAGGAUGAAUCCCUUCCAUAACUUCCGUCACUGUUUUUGUGUCACCCAGAUGAUGUACAGCAUGAUCUGCCUCUGCAGCCUACAGGAGACGUUCACCCAGGUGGACAUUCUGAUUCUGAUGACAGCUGCAGUGUGCCACGAUCUAGAUCACCCCGGAUACAACAACAUGUACCAGAUAAAUGCACGGACGGAGCUGGCAGUACGCUACAAUGACAUCUCCCCUCUGGAAAAUCACCACUGUGCCGUAGCCUUCCAGAUCUUCUCCCAGCCCGACUGCAACAUCUUCUCCACCUUCGACCCCGAGGCCUUCAAACAGAUACGCCAGGGAAUCAUCACACUGAUACUGGCCACAGACAUGGCACGACAUGGCGAGAUACUGGACUCCUUCAAGCAUAAAGUGGACAGCUUUGACUUUACUGAUGAAGAGCAUGUCACUUGUCUGAAGAUGGUGCUGAUUAAGUGCUGUGACAUUUCUAACGAGGUGCGACCCAUGGAGGUGGCUGAGCCCUGGGCGGACUGUCUGCUGGAGGAGUACUUCAUGCAGAGUGACAGGGAGAAGGCAGAGGGUCUGCCUGUGGCCCCCUUCAUGGACAGAGAGAAGGUCACCAAACCCACCGCUCAGAUCGGCUUCAUCAAGUUCGUCCUCAUCCCCAUGUUUGAGACCGUCAUGAAGCUGUUCCCUCAGAUUGAGGAUGUGAUGGUCCAGCCUCUGAGAGAGUCACGAGACAGAUACGAAGAGCUCAAGCAGAUUGACGAUGCCAUGAAUGAGGUCAGAGGUGCAGAAAAAGAAAAGUGAGAACUUGACUAUGGGGAAGAAGAAAUGAAAGCACAAAGCUCAAACUUCCUACGCUGGUAAAGGUUGAGUCAGCAUGGCAGUCUGAGGAAUGGGACCAGAGGAAGAUGGAAACAGACCAAGCUACUGACUGACUGGCCGGAUGAACAAUCCAAAAGCUUUUAUCAGGGAAUGUCGACUUGUACAGCAGACUACUUCAGUGAACAAUAUUUAGAUUUUCUCGAGUUGUUUUUUUAAUGUUGUUUUAUACAGAAUGUACAGAUUUUUAGUUGCCUUUGUUGUUUCCUACAAAAUAAAAGGUUUACUUUAAUUAUAA